UGGUCUCCGCGCUUUGUCUCCGCUGACUGGAGUUGUUACGCUUAUUCGGGGACUUGUGUCGCUUUUUCCUGGGCCAAACGUCGCCACCCGAGCUCCUUCCGACCUGUCCGCGCGGAGAGCAAACCCGUCUUUGUGUAUCGAGAAAUGACGACCGCGAACAGCAGGUAAAAUGAGUCUGCUUAUUCCUGACUCCAGUGAAGACCAAAUGGCAGAAAAUACAGAGAAGCCUUGUAGCUCAGCAGAAACAACACUCUCCUCUUCUCGUAGCAAGAGGAAGCCCACAACUGUAGCUAGGGUAACUGGACCGAAUGAUUCUGGGAAUUCCGAUGACAGUGACAAUGAAGUGGCUACCUCUGACAGUAAUGCAGGCAGCACAUCCAAAAGUACCUUAGUGUUGCGGCCUGCAGGGAGUGAAAAUAAAGGCACUGUGAAGUUCAGAGUGGAUUACAAACAUAAAACAUCAGAUGACACCCUGGAAAGAAAGAUCAACUGCACAGCCUGUGGAAAGCAAGUUAACCAGUUUCAGCGUAGCUCUGUGUAUGAGCACCCUGCUCUUAAAGUGCUUAUUUGCAAGUCAUGCUACAAUUAUUACACGAGUGAUGACAUCAGUAGAGACUCGGAUGGAAUGGACGAGCAGUGCAGGUGGUGUGCUGAGGGAGGAAAGCUCAUCUGCUGUGACUACUGCAGCAAUGCAUUCUGCAAGAAGUGCAUCCUACGCAACCUGGGCAGAAGAGAAUUAUCAGCCAUCACUGACGAGAACUCCAAAUGGCACUGCUAUGUGUGCAGGUCAGAACCCCUCCAGGAUCUGAUCUCCAAGUGUAGCGGCAUCUUGGCAAAGAUUGACCACGAAAAACACAAGCAUCGUAAAUCUGGAAAAGGCGAGGACCGCAAGAGCAAGACAUAUAUUAGCAGUGAAGUCAAAGCGCACAAAGCAGUUGUGAAUGGGAAAGAGCACACGGACGGCUCAGGCACCAUAACAUUCUCUUACAAAAAAUUACAGAUACCCAAAGAACUCUUGAAGAAAGCAAAAAAACUGGUCGAAACCACAACUGGUUUGAACAAUACAUUUAUCCAGUUUGUGCAGCAGACUACCUUGGAGCAGGAUGAUAAGUCUGUAAGGUACAGGCAUUUGAAAGCAUUCAAGGCUGUACUUGCUGAUUUGAAAAAAGCCCACACUGCUCUGGAGGAGGCUUUGGAGCCGGAGUUCAGAAGUAUGGAACUACAGAAUGGUGACAAAGGGCUACAGCAAGUCAGAAAAAGCAUGAAUGUGGUGCAAACUGUUGUGGUUGACGAGGACAAUGAGCCGGAGGAGGCGAAUGCAACUGAGGAAUCAGACUCAUUGAGAAAUCUGCAUGAGGAUCACGAUGAGGAGUCAGUGGUAGCUUACAAAAAGUGUCAGAAAGCACAUUUGGACCAGCAUGCUGGAAAGGAGCUAGAUGAGCCAGAGGAGGACCCCGAGACUCUGUGCAACAAGAUGGAAGGUGUGCCAGACAAGGGACUGGAAAAGGCACUACAUGAGGAACCACUUGGUAAAGACCGACAAACAGAAGAUCUAACCAAAAAUGUAGUUAAAACAGAAGUGUCUGAUGAUGAGCUGCUGUCACCUGGUGAAAUAUCACUUGAUCAUGACAUUAUGUCUGUUCCUCCUUCAGUUCCUGAGGAGCUUUUUCAGAUGGUUGAAAGUCUUGCAGGUCCCCACAUGCUGGCACAGACUGAUCCGACUUCAGAUGCAAAAGCAAAUGGCCCCGCACAACAGAAAGUGAAGAACCUCAUCGUUAAACUGACUCCAGUGCCGGUUGUGACAACGAGCAGGUCUAAGUCCUCGUGCAAAACCAGCGAACAAGAUGAGGAAAAUGGGGGCUCUGGUCCAAGAGAGGAACCAGCCAGCCCACCAUCCAGUCGACGCUCCAGUAGAGUUAAGACCACUCCCCUGAGGAAGCAAGCUGAUACUAAGAAUUUUAAGGACUCCUCUGAAUUAGAGCAGGACUCAGAGAAUGAAAGUAGUUGCAAGUCCCAGUCCUCCAAGAAAGAAGAGAAGCACAGUAUUGCUUCCUUGUCAGACAAAGAGGCAGGAGACUCUGACUCGGAUGAGGUUCCUGACAUAUUGCUGGAAAAGGUGGCACAAUGCAACAGUAGCGAUGAGGAGAAAGAGAGCCUGAAUUCUCAAAAACGUUUAUUUAAAGCAAAACCCUCAGCUGAUGUAGACAAAACAUCCAAACGCAAAAGAAAAUCUGGGGACUCUGAAUCAGGCAUUGAAAGUAAAGGCAACAAGGCAUUAAAGAAGAAAAAACAAAAUGUCUCAGACUCUACUGACUCUGAUCAAGACAAGAUGAGCAUUCCAAAGAUGCGAUCAAGCCGUGCAACAAAACAUGACAAAGCAAAGGAAGAAGGCAAACCCAAAAAGAUGGCUGCAGCUGUGAGAAGAUCUUAUGAAAAGAAGCGCAAAGUAAGAAGCUCAAAAUUGGCUUCAAAGCUGGAGUCAUCCUCCAGCGAGGAUGAGGAAGAGCAACAAGCUGAUGUUGACUCUGGAGAUGACCUUGACGAGCAGACGUUCAACCCCCUGAUGGAAGAUGGUGUGCUGGGAGAUGGAAUAACUGUCAAGGAAGCCUCUCAAAUCGAUGAAGAUGACGACGAUGAUCCAGAGAAUAGAAUCGCUAAGAAAAUGCUCCUCGCCCAGAUUAAGUCCAACUUUUCCUCUGGUGCUGAGAGCUCCUCUGAAAAUGAAGGUGAAGAUGUGAAAAAGAAGUCCUCCCAAAAAGUUAAAAGAGAGGAAGAUGACACAAAGGAGCAGCAAGAUAAAAAUUCUCAAGACUCAGGUUCUGAUAUAGAGGUGAAGAAGCGUGGUCGACGCCACAAGUUGCUACGUCACAAGCUCUCGCUCAGUGAAGCAGACUCAGAGGAUGACAAAGAAGACAAUGCAGAAAAGACCAAAAAGACUGUCAAAAAGAAAGAAAAGAAGAGAGUGGACAGCGACGAUUCAGAAGAUUCUGAUUUCAAGAAGUCAGCAUCCAGUGCGGACUCUGAGAUGAGCGAGGUGGUCAGUGAGUCAGAGAAUGAAGAAAAGCGUCGAAAGACCAGAUCUGCGAAGAAGAAGGAUGAUGAGAAGCAGAAAGGUCACAAGCAGCAGAAGAAGAAGAGACGCAGGAUCAAAGUACAGGAUUCCUCCAGCAAUGAGAAGAGUGGAGAGGAAGAUGCUGACGACCCAGAUGGAGAGGAACGUAAAGGGCGCAAAAAAAUACGCAAAAUCCUCAAGGAUGACAAUCUCCGUACAGAGACGCGGGAUGCACUGAAAGAAGAGGAAGAUAGGAGGAAACGUAUCGCAGAAAGAGAGGAGCUAAGGAAGAAACUCAGAGAGACAAUUGUGGUGGAAGAGUCAUCCCAGGUGGCAUGUCCAAUCACCACCAAGCUAGUGCUUGAUGAAAAUGAAGAGACCAAAGAGCCACAGGUUCAGGUGCACAGGAACCUCGUCACCAAGCUGAAACCUCACCAGGUCGACGGGGUACAAUUCAUGUGGGACUGUUGCUGUGAGUCUGUGAAGAAGAUUGAGAAGUCCUCUGGUUCUGGUUGCAUCCUUGCUCACUGUAUGGGUCUAGGAAAAACACUUCAGGUGGUGACAUUUCUUCACACUUUGCUGCUCUGUGAAAAGCUCAACUUCUCAACAGCUUUGGUGGUUUGUCCCCUCAACACCGUCCUUAAUUGGGUCAAUGAGUUUGAGAAAUGGCAAGAGGGAAUGAAAGAUGAUGAGUGUUUAGAGGUGACGGAACUGGCCACAGUAAAGAGGCCGCAGGAGCGAGCAGUCGCCCUCCAGCAAUGGCAGGAUAUGGGGGGUGUUAUGAUCAUAGGCUAUGAGAUGUACCGAAAUCUGACACAGGGAAGGAACACGAAGAGUAAGAAGCUAAAAGAGACAUUUCAGAAGACUUUGGUUGACCCAGGCCCUGAUUUUGUAAUAUGCGAUGAAGGUCACAUCUUGAAGAAUGAGGCAUCAGCUGUGUCCAAAGCCAUGAACUCCAUCAGGACAAGAAGGAGGGUUGUGCUGACGGGAACGCCGCUUCAAAAUAACCUCAUAGAAUAUCACUGCAUGGUGAACUUCAUUAAGGAAAACUUGCUCGGGUCAGUCAAAGAGUUCCGCAAUCGCUUCAUCAACCCCAUCCAGAAUGGGCAGUGUGCCGACUCCACAAUGCACGAUGUCCGCAUCAUGAAGAAGAGGGCUCAUAUCUUGUAUGAGAUGCUGGCUGGAUGUGUUCAGAGGAAAGAUUACACAGCACUCACAAAGUUCCUCCCUCCCAAGCACGAGUAUGUGUUGUCCAUCAGAGUUACUCCACUCCAGUUUAAACUCUACAAAUACUACCUGGAGCACUUCACUGGUGUGGGGAAUGCUUUGGAGGGGGGCCGAGGCCGUGCAGGGACCAAACUCUUCCAAGAUUUCCAGAUGCUCAGUAGAAUCUGGACCCAUCCCUGGUGCCUUCAGCUGGAUUACAUCAGUAAAGAAAACAGGGGUUUCUUUGACGAAGACAGUAUGGAGGAAUUCAUUGCUUCAGAGACCGACGAGUCCUCCAUGAGUUUAAGCUCGGAGGACGAAAAGCAAAAGAAGAAAAAGAAGAAAGGCAAGGGAAGAAAGAAGGGAUCUGAUGACUCUGAUAGCGAUGAUGUGGAAGUCAUCAAGGAGUGGAACACUAGUUCUCGGGGCAGAAAUGGAGAGGGGCGAAACAGGGCUGAGCCUCAAGAAGAACAACCUCAACCCUCUGGCUCGGGACCAGGGAGCCCCACCGCUGACUGGCACAAGGAGUUUGUCACUGAGGCCGAUGCUGAAAUCAUCGAACACUCUGGAAAAAUUCUGAUCCUCUUUGAGAUCCUACGCAUGGCAGAGGAAGUGGAGGAUAAAGUGUUGGUAUUCAGUCAGUCUCUUAUCUCUUUGGACCUGAUUGAGGAUUUCCUGGAGCUGUCUUGCAGAGCUGCGGAUGAAAAUAAGAUAUCACCAUACAAAGGUGAGGGCAAGUGGUUCAGGAAUAUUGACUACUAUCGUCUGGAUGGCUCCACCAACGCCACCACUAGGAAGAAGUGGGCAGAGGAGUUUAACGACCCUAACAACACAAGGGGUCGUUUGUUCCUCAUUUCCACACGAGCUGGCUCCCUGGGUAUCAACCUGGUGGCAUCCAACAGAGUCAUAAUCUUUGACGCCUCAUGGAAUCCUUCGUAUGAUAUCCAGAGUAUAUUCAGGGUGUAUCGCUUCGGCCAGCUGAAGACGGUCUAUGUCUACAGGUUGCUGGCGCAGGGCACAAUGGAAGAAAAAAUCUAUGACCGGCAGGUUACCAAACAAUCUUUAUCAUACCGGGUCGUGGACCAGCAGCAGAUUGAAAGGCACUUUACUAUGAAUGAGCUGGCAGAGCUCUACACUUUUGAGCCUGACCUGCUAGACGAUCCCUCAGGGAAGAAGAGCAAGAAAGCCACACCGCUGCUCCCCAAGGACCUCUUCCUGGCUGAGUUGCUUCAGACCCAUAAGGACCAGAUUGUGUGCUAUCAUGAGCACGACUCCCUGUUGGACCACAAGGAGGAGGAAGCCUUGAGCGAGGAAGAUCGCAAAGCAGCCUGGGCUGAAUAUGAAGCAGAGAAGAAGGGUUUGACCAUGAGGACGAACUACCAGGCACACCCUCAAAUGGGCGCUUCUAUGUUAUUCUCACACUACAACUUGGGGGCUUUGGCCACCAUGACAAACCAGCAGCUGGAGGAGCUUAUCAACCAAGGGCGAAUGAAGGUCAUCGAGGCAACAAAUUCAUUGAAGAAUUUACAACGAGACUCCCUGGAAGAUACCAUUGCCAUACUUUGGAAAGAGAAUCCCGCUCUUACUGAGAACCAGGUCCAAUCUUUGGCUCUGGGCCGACUGGCCACUGUGGAGUUGGAGGCCAAACGCAGGGAAGCUAUUUACAGAGAAACCGUCACCAUGCAGCAGUCGCUGAUGAUGUACGUACAGAAGGUGGUGAACAACAGGAAGGUCCAAGAGCAGCAACUCGCCUUGGCCAACCAGACCAACCUUCUAAAUAUGGCCCUGCAGAAUGGCAUGCUGGGCGGUAACAGGCUCACCCAAAUGGAGCUGCUGGGCAUUUACCAGCAGCUGCACGGAAUGAACCCCCACGCCGCCAUGGGCAAGAAUCCCGGGCCCUCCAAGGGCCUGUAGGUCACACCAGCUUUCUAGUACCGGGUGGGCCCAGUCCAAACCAGGGUCUGUCUUCUAUAUCGAUCUCUUUCUCUGUGUCUUGACCGAUGGAGAUGAGACAACGAGAAGAAAGUGGAAGUUCAAUUCCUCUCCACUGGAGUUGCAAUUCCGUCGCCGACCAGGAGCUGGCAGAACCUUAUGUAAAAAAAAAAAAAAGACUGUUUGAAAGGGGUCUAUUUGAAAAACUCAUCAUAAAUACAAAGUGUAUAUACCGCCUUAAUGUUAUUCGAGUUCUAUAUCUUCAUUUUUCAUGUAUUUAAAGUCAAAUCUGUCUUAGCUUGCAAUACUUUAAAGUGUUGCAUUGUAUCCCCCUUAAAAAAGGGUUUCAUCAAUGUUUAAACUGUUUUUUAUACGCUUUUAAAACCCCAAUGGGACCAGUGUGGUUGGUGACAGCCUGUGGAUUCCUCCACCAAUCAGUCGUUUGCUGCUGACAAGUCUGGCUUCUUUUGGGAAAUGAAUAAAAUUAAAUGGCAUGUCCAUUAAAAAAAAAAAAAAAAACGAAAAAAAAACAAUAAUGGCCUUCCUAUUGGACGUCAGUUGUUUCUAUCAACACGGGUCCAUUAUUGGAAUGCUUGUGUUGUUCAAAACUGCCUGCUGGUCCCCGUGACCUUUUUUUUUUUUUAAUUAUUAUUUUGUGUGUAUAUCGUCAUUCUCACUGUUAGCGUGGUGUCUAGCAUAGCACUGUGUGUCCUCAUUGUUUUAUGUUCCACUCGUAUUGGUCCCUCGGUGAGUGGGUUGGUGACUCUUUGGAGGACCGUGAGUGCCAAAGUGUGGUAAAUGCAUCAUUAAAUGAAUAAAUGUCAUGAAGUUUUUAUUUCAAUAUUUAUCGAUUUGAAUUUUGGCGCUACUGUUGCCAUUUGGUCAUGGCAAAAUUGCAUUUGUCAUUCUUGCCCGUCAAACUCGGGGGGGGGCUAGUGGUGUGUCAGCUCCAAUCAAAUUGCGUGUUACUGCGUGAGCACGUCAGUGAGUUAACGCGUGCAAUGCCAGCCUUGUCACUGUAUGUAGCUCAGCAAAAACCACGGCUUUAAUGGUCAAUACUUGAGCCAGUACGUUUCAUGUGUUCUGAUUGUCGUGUUUGAAACUCCAAACCCUUGAGCAAUUUCGCUCUCCACGCCUCACCUGACACGACCGUCAAGAGCGGGAACGGUAAAUGAAUGAAGAACAUCCCUCCACUUUGCAAGCCAUAUCGUUGGUACUGUAUUUUUCGCUAGGUUUGAACUGCCUGUUGUUAACUAGCACACAAAACAUACUGGCCCAAGUAUUUACCUCAAAUCGACUUAUGAAACGUCCGCGAUUAAUUCCCAGGCGUUCGUGGAGGAUCAGGCAAUUUGGGUUGGAGCUGAAUCAGCACGAGCUGAGCCCUCUGACUUGAGUCCGCUGGGCGAGAAUGACAUUAUUUCACGAUGCACAGGGGAAUAGGAGGACCAAAAUGAAAUCAAGAUAUAUUACAAAUUGAACACGUUUUCUUAUUUCAUUUUGUCACUCUUGGUCCUCCAUUGCGAGUGACAGGCACUCACAAAGCACAACCAGUAUGCCCACGGUCCAGUGUGUGUGUGUGUGUGUGUGUGUGUGUGUGUGUGUGUGUGUGUUGUGUGUGUGUGUGUGUGUUCAGGCUAGCUUUGUCACAGCUCAGUUGCACCUGGUGGCUUUUUGGGGGUGGGGGGCAAGGGGACAUUUAAAAAAAAAAAAAAAAAAGUUUUUUAUUUUUAUUUUCUGCUCCAAACUACCGUCGCUGUUAAUGAGGGUUUUUGUGGCGCAAGAGAAGCCUGUCGUCUCUUGAUGGCUCCUGUGUUUGCACAAGGUGUACUUCAUUUACUUGUAGACUGUUUUUGCCCUCUGAAGAUUGUUCUUCCGUAAGCAAAUGCACCACAAUUUGCUAACCUGCUAUUAUCUUGAGUAUUUAAUAUAACGUUUAAUAAAGUGACCAAAAGGCU